AUGCCAGCUAACGAAGAUAAGGAGAAUAAUAUUGUAUAUACAGGGAAUGAAAGUUCCGGCAUUAACUUUCCACAAACACCGGCUCAUUUGCUGAAAAGGUCGCACUCUAAUGUUUUGAAACCACCUGUGAGACUGGACCAACUUAAAAGGGACGGGAACAGCAACAAUGGCAAUGCCUUAAAGUACAUACAGGGAGGAAAGGAGGUUUCACCCACAAAAAGGCUGCAUACACAUGUCCAACAACAAGGAAGAUUGCCUCUAGCAGCAAAAGACAACAACAGGUCGAAAAGUUUUAUGUUCGUCCCCGAAACUUCCAAUCAGAGUAAAGAUGCAGACAUUAUACCGCAACAACAGAGUACAUUAUCUAUACGCAAGAACGACCAGCUCAGAAAGCUUUCGCAGAUUUCUCGCAAUCGCAAUAGGGCCAACUAUAACGAUUUGUUGAACAACUCGAGAAAACUACAGAAAUACGGUUCUGUUCUUGGUUACAAUGCUUUACCUAAAAUGAAAAGUUUAGUUUUGAAAGAUCUGGCGGAUUCAGGUGAAAAUGAAGGGAGUUCCGACGAUGAUGACGGUACCGAGGGUUCCGAGAAUAAACUUGGCAAGAAACUCCAAAGUGCACUUUUAAAACAGCAUUCUUCCGAUGAUGAACACGAAUUUGGUGGUGGAAUUGGGUUAUUCAAUAAGCAAGGCGGCCUGCAACAACUUAUAAAGAACUCCGCGAAGAAUGAACAAGGAACCAAAUACGAUAAAAACGAUAAAAAUGGUGACUACGAUAUCGAAAUAGCACCACAGAGGCAGGAGCCGCUACCGUAUGUCCCAGACGGCUAUUCGCAAUUUCAGCAAGAAGAUAUUGAAAAGCUGAAAACCUUCAACUCACCAUAUGAGCUUGACUUGGAAGACGAUGGUGGCAGCGCGGUCAAGAUUGAUUUGCUCCCACUACAAGAAAUCGAUGAAGAAGACGAGGAAGACGAGAUGGGACGAAUCGCUCAUGAUCGUGAAGAAGAUGCGCCAUUACCACUGUUGUCUAAGAAUUUCAAAGAAGUUGCCGUCAUUCCAACUAUAGAGUCAUUAUAUAGUGGUGAGGGUCUCGAUCCUGAAGAACUAGAGGACUUAGUUACUUAA